UUUUCUUCAAGUUUAGGAUGUUGCCUUUGGGGCGGCUAACGCUCGUCCUCGUUUCGCUGCUCCUUUAUUUGGAAGCGGAAGCAAAGCCAAAAUCAUGUGCAUUCUAUUGUUUUGUUGCUCCAUCUAGGAAAGAAACUGUUGAUGUGGCUGUUUACAAAAAUCUAUCCUGUACACAUUUUGUCUAUGGCUUCGCUCGUAUACGACCGGAUAUGUCACUACAUUCCGUCACAUCUCGUGACAGCCUCGAGCUAAUGAGUCCAGGAAAUAUGAGGAAAUUUCUAGGAUUGAGGGAGACACAUCCGGACGCAAUUCUACUUCUCGGAGUUCAUUUGACUGCUAAUGACGUUUUCGAAGAUUUCCGUCACGCGCGCCGAAUCGCUGGAAUCAUUGCGACUGCUGCGAAGGAAAAACAUUUCGAUGGGGUUUUCGUACGCAUGGAAGGACCUACACUUGAGUCUACCGUAUCCCAACAUUUCUUAUCGGCCAUAUCUUUGUCACCUUCGUCCUCGGCUACCACGCUUGCCAUCACUCCAAGAUGGAUGUGGCGGGUUGCUAACAGACUUAAUGAACUAGCGGACCAAGUAGAUCACCUCUAUCUAGACAUGGAAGAGCUGCCGACUUCGGAAGACUUAUACGCUGUUACGCACAUUGAUCCACUAUUUCCUUUCGAUACCGUACCAUUAGAGGAUACUAUCAGUGGUUGUUCAGAUAGAUUGCUCAAAAGUGGCGUUCCGGCGGAGAAAAUCGUCAUGGGUCUGAACAGUGGUGGUCGCACUUUCAAAGUCCGUGACCCAAAAACCACAGUUCAUGGAGAUGUUGCUGUCCAGACUGGUAUUCGCCGUUCGCUUCAGGACGUUUGCCAAUCGCCAUUUUUCACACUCCAUCCCCGGACAGCCAGUGCUGUGACCGAGUCAAGAAGUAGUUGGACAACGGUAAACAUCCCAAAGGAGCAAUCACUGGGGAGAAAAAUCCUAUGGGUAACUCAGGAAGGUUUGGGAGGAAUAGGGCUAUCUUCGCUACAUAUGGAUGAUCCAAAGGGAAAAUGUGGGGCGGGACCAUAUCCUUCCCAUUCUCUAGUAGCAAAGCUACUAAAAUGCAGAAACAGGGACCAUCGUCGCUUACCUCCAGCCCAGUGCACUCGCCUUUGUUACCUUGACGAACAUGCAGAAGAUUUCGAUCCAAAGUUAUUAGAACCGCAUUGGUGCAGCCAUAUCGUGCUGGGACCAGCUGACAUUCACUACUCCGACGCUGUGGAAGUAAAUCCAGAUGUUCGCAAUCUUAUUUCUCGUGUGAACAACUGGGCAAACGAGAUUGAUGGAAAACGGCCGAUGACUUUACUUUCCAUUGGAGCACGGCAGGGUAAUGAAGUAUGGCGAAUGGAAGUGGGAAAUGCGUUGAAAAGGAAAAAUCUUAUCAACAGUAUCAAGGCCACUGUGCGCGCUAUGAACGUCUCUGGAAUUGAUAUUUCCUGGACCCGUGAGCCUCUGGAUGGCUUGCUGGACACAACGUAUUUGUCACAGUUUCUUACGGAUUUGAGAACUGUGCUACCCCGGAGCAUUGCCAUAUAUGUGUCAGUGAAUCCCACAAGCAGUUUUGAUGGUCGCUAUGACGUCAAUGUCUUAAAUAAAACCGCUGAAUUCGUCAUACUCCAAACUCAUCGGCUCCAUUCUCCUAAUCUCCCAACCACUGGCCAUCACUCAGCAAUGUUUCCAGCACCUGGUCUCAAGGAUAAUCGAAUGACAGUCGAGUCAUUUGUGCGAGACUGGAUUUCCAGGGGUAUAGCGAGGCAUAGACUGAUAGUUUCCGUCACAGCAACCCCAAUAACAAUGAAACUCGUGCAAGAAGGUCCUGCCGGGCAAUUUCUUGGAUUAUCAACUGUGAAAGGGUCAACAUCAAGUGAACCUAUGUCUCAGUCUGAGAUUUGCAAUAUCCUUGAGAUUGACAACGCUACCGAAUGGCAGUCGCAUUGGCUUGACGGAAUCUCUGCUCCAGUGCUAAUUCGUGGCACAGAUUUUGUAGCAUAUGACAACGACAGAAGCGCAAAAAUCAAGACAACAUGGAGUUCGAGCAAUAAUCUAGCUGGUAUGGCUAUUCAUGGCUUACCGUAUGAUAAUCCCGAGGCAGAGUGCCCUUCUGAUCGACCAUUCCGCAUACUACAAGCCAUCGUCGAUACGCAGGUUUGUUCUCUAUGCGCUCCGGAAAGCAAAUCCGAAUCCAGGUGCUCUCCCUCAUUUCACACAACCUGCGAUUACCGAUUGCAAGAGCAUAAUGAAGCGCGAAUACUCGACCCAGCACAAAUUCCUUUCGAACUUUGCACAGAACUCAUUAUCGAGCAAGCUCUUAUUGACGCCAAUGGCACCAUUCGCUUCCCAACGGAAGAAAAGGAGGAGACGACAAAUAAAUUGAAAUCUUAUCGAUCGCGAGUUCCUCGUAUGACAAUAUCGAUGUUUUGUGAUAUGAAACAGGAAGAUUUUAAACAGUUGAUGCGUAGUGCAGCAAAGCGUCGAAAGCUGGCCAGUUCCAUACGAACGUUCAUUGACCGUCUCUCUUUCAACGGCGUCGAGAUUCGAUGUGGACAUCUUGCCCACAAAACAACAAAAUUACAAUUUUCAUACUUCCUGCGGCUUCUGAACAAUGAAAUGAAAAGAAGCGCUAAAGCAGAGUGUGGAAACACCGUGAGCUUCAGAACCUCUGCAUGGGAUUGGAACCUUCGAGAAUUCUAUGACGUCACAAUUUUGAACUCUUUACAUCACAUUGUGAUCGAACCGUUUACCGUGCCUUAUCUUGCUGGUAAAGCCUAUGCGCAUUCACCGCUGUUCAAAGUGGAUCUCGAUGACAAGAACAUGUCUAUCACUUCGAUUUACGCCACCAUACGCGAUUGGGAAAAAGCUGGUCUGAUGCGUUCGAAGAUCAUUUUGCAAGUGCCAUCAUACGGAAGUUUACAAUACCUAUUGAACAAAACAGAACACGGUAUUGGAAAGCCAACGGAAAAAGAAUACGGGAUAAUCGCACAGUCAGAGAUCUGUCAACAACUGAAAUUAUCCGGUACAACACGAGAAAUUCACUGGGAUUCGAUGACUGUGGAUGCGUAUUCUGGAAGAAAAUGGAUUAGCAUAGAGGAUCAGCAGACUGUCCGUUACAAGAUGCGUUUUGCGCUGGGCGAAGGACUGGCAGGUGUUGGACUAAUGACAUUGAACGAGGAUGACUUUUUGGGUAAAUGCGGAUCAGGAGCUUUCCCAAUACUGAGAUCAAUUGCAGCCAGAUGUCAUUAGCUUAUUUUGGAAAUAAAUUAUCUGGACUAAUCUCAACAGGUA